AUGUCUUUCAUCUCCAACUUAUUCCCCCGCUUCUUCGGGAAGAAUCCGACCCCGACCUCCCUCGACUUGGCUCACGAACAAACGCCUGCGCCAUACCCCUGGUCAACCCACCCCCUCCAACUCCUCCCGCCCACUGUCAGCACCAACACCUCGAGACCUGGCCCAGCGUGCUCCCCCACGCCGCCGUCACCUUUAUCGGCGUCGCCCGAGUCGCCCGAGUCGCCCUCGCCUUUCCCCCGCUACGGGCACUCGGUCGCUGCUUCGCAUGGCGAUCUGUACCUUUUCGGCGGCCUCGUAGACGGGCGCCUUCGAAACGACGUCUAUCUUCUCCGCGCCGCUUUCGCGGAGAGCAAUGGCGGCAACAGCAGCGAUGGAACCGACACCCUCUCGAUCUCAGCCUCGCUGUUCGAGACUGGGGUAUCCCAUGAAUGGACACGAGCUACCGUCCACGGCCCUGCCCCCAGCGCGCGGUAUGGGCACGCCGCUGCCUCGAUCGGCGCGUCGUUCUUCGUGUUCGGAGGCCACGCCACCGGGGCGUUCUUCAACGAUAUCUGGGUGUUCACCCUCACCACACUUGCCUGGGAGCUCUGCGAACCUGUCGCUGGAGACAGGCCGGCGCCGCGGAGCGGCCAUUCCUGCGUUGCGCACGGCGAUAAUGUCAUCGUAUUCGGCGGGACGGACGGGACAUACCACUACCACGACACCUGGGCAUUCGACACGCGCUCGCGCACGUGGACCGCGCUGCCGUGUACCGGCUACAUCCCCGCGCCGCGCGCGGGACACGCGUCGUCUUUGGUGGGGGAUGUGAUAUAUUGGAGAUAUUGGAGAGUCGACGUGGAAGUAUGGAAGGAUGAGGAAGGAAGGAGGCGAGAUGAGGGUCGCUCCUUCGAUCUCACCCAGCGCCUUGGGAUCGAGCAUGCGUACCCAGCGUACUAG